UACCAUUUAUCCUGUUUCCAUUCCUAGGGAACUCUCCAAAUCACCACGAAAAUGAAUGGGGGACGGGGGAAGAAUGUGGCUUACUGUCUUAAGGCUUGUAAGCCACGUGCUCCAAUAUAAAGCAAUGCCCUAAAACACAAACACCCAUUUUACUCCAUUUCAACUUUCCCCGUCCUCCAGGUGUGUGCAUGACUCAAUUCUAAUUCAGAAAACGUCUCCCCCACUUUUGCGGCCUCUUCUCUCUUUCCUCUCCAGUUCCACCCUCUCCAGUCAAUUUCUUUUCUUCUUUAAAGCCCGGUGACACUUUUUUUUCUUCUCCCACACUUGCCAUGGACUCUGUCACCUCAGUGUGAAAUCGCAGGCACUUUAUCUUAAAGUCACCAACCAGAGCAGCAGGCGGUGUGACUCCUCCUCAAAAUCCCCAAAGUACCUGUUGAUGGUGCCAACGGAGGCACCUGCAACCCUGUCUCCAUAGACAUCGACUUCCCUCUUGGGUCCCCUUCCCAGCCGGCGCAUCAGGUCCCGCCGGGGGCAUGCAACCCCUGGGGUCUCCGUGACCCCGCGCCGGGGCCUUCCCGCUGGGCGCCGGGCCGGGCGUGCCGGGAGGCUGGGCGGCCGGCGGCGGUUCCGCGCCUGGAGGUAGGUGGUGCUGUUGCCGCGACGUCUUCCUCAUUGGCGCCGCGCGGAGAGGCGGAAUGUUCAACUCCUGACUCCGGCGGAAGCGUGGGAGCAGCGCGGGCCGCCGUCCCCGACCCCCGCCGCCGCUCGCACCCGGCCCGGGAGCAAGAUUUUGUGGACGUUUACUACUUUGUCAUUAUGAGAUGUCGUCUCUCGGUGCCUCCUUUGUGCAAAUUAAAUUUGACGACUUGCAGUUUUUUGAAAACUGCGGUGGAGGAAGUUUUGGGAGCGUUUAUCGAGCCAAAUGGAUAUCACAGGACAAGGAGGUGGCUGUCAAGAAGUUACUCAAAAUAGAGAAAGAGGCUGAAAUACUGAGCGUCCUCAGCCACAGGAACAUCAUCCAGUUUUAUGGAGUGAUUCUAGAACCUCCCAACUACGGCAUCGUCACAGAAUAUGCUUCCCUCGGAUCCCUGUACGAUUACAUUAACAGCAACAGGAGUGAAGAGAUGGACAUGGAUCACAUCAUGACCUGGGCCACCGACGUAGCCAAAGGGAUGCACUACUUACACAUGGAGGCGCCAGUCAAGGUCAUCCACAGAGACCUCAAGUCAAGAAACGUUGUUAUUGCUGCUGACGGAGUACUGAAGAUCUGUGACUUCGGUGCCUCUCGGUUCCAUAACCACACAACACACAUGUCCUUGGUUGGAACUUUCCCAUGGAUGGCUCCAGAAGUUAUCCAGAGUCUCCCUGUGUCUGAAACCUGUGACACGUAUUCCUACGGUGUGGUUCUCUGGGAGAUGCUAACAAGGGAGGUCCCCUUUAAAGGUUUGGAAGGAUUACAAGUAGCUUGGCUUGUAGUGGAAAAAAACGAGAGAUUAACCAUUCCAAGCAGCUGCCCCAGAAGCUUUGCAGAACUCCUACAUCAGUGUUGGGAAGCUGACGCCAAGAAACGGCCAUCAUUCAAGCAGAUCAUUUCAAUCCUGGAGUCUAUGUCAAAUGACACGAACCUUCCUGACCAGUGUAACUCAUUUUUGCACAACAAGGCAGAAUGGAGGUGCGAAAUUGAGGCCACCCUUGAGAGGCUGAAGAAACUAGAGCGAGAUCUCAGCUUUAAAGAGCAGGAGCUCAAAGAACGAGAGAGACGCUUGAAGAUGUGGGAGCAGAAGCUGACCGAGCAGUCCAACACCCCGCUUCUCUUGCCUCUUGCUGCAAGAAUGUCUGAGGAGUCUUACUUUGAAUCUAAAACAGAGGAGUCAAACAGUGCAGAGAUGUCAUGUCAGAUCACAGCAACAAGUAACGGGGAGGGCCAUGGCAUGAACCCAAGUCUGCAGGCCAUGAUGCUCAUGGGCUUUGGGGAUGUCUUCUCAAUGAACAAAGCAGGAGCUGUGCUGCAUUCUGGGAUGCAGAUAAACAUGCAAGCCAAGCAGAAUUCCUCCAAAACCACAUCUAAGAGGAGGGGGAAGAAAGUCAACAUGGCCCUGGGGUUCAGUGAGUUUGACUUGUCAGAAGGUGAUGAUGAUGAUGGUGAGGAGGAAGAGAAUGAUGUGGAGAAUAACAGUGAAUGAUGGCAGAAAGUAAUAAAAUUGAAAAAAAAAAUUUUUAAACAGAAGAAAUGUAUUAUCUCAGUCUGUGCAAAAAACAGCGUAGGAGGCGAGCACCGAGCGCUGCACCUGAGGCCAAGCUCCUGGGGCAGUCCCUUCAUCAGCGUGACUUUACUUUUGCAUUCAGAAAAGCGAGGCAGGGGGAUUAAGCUAAAGGCAUAUUUAUCAGCGAGUGCGGUGCCUGAUCAUAGAAAUAUGUGCAUAGUCUGUAGUUUGUAUUUGACUGUAUUUUAUCCCCUUCAUUAGCUGGUUGGGAAAUGUCCACUGUGAGCAAGCACUCCAUCCCUGACUCCACUCUGACGUCGAUUCUUCCCCAGCACACCAAGGUUUCUUCCUGUACAAUACAUUGUAAUGGUGGAGGUGACUGGUGACUAUAAAAUCCAGCCACAUUAAAAAAAAAUAAAUAAAAAUAAAGGCUGAGAUGAAAGAAGAUUAUAAAAAAAAAAAUCUUCCUCAGACAUACCUAAACACCAAGAAUUUUCAAACCAAAUAGCUCACAACUCCUCAAAGUAAAACCUGGCUGGUGUUCUCUAGUGACAUUUGAAGGAAAACUACUCUGGUUUGAAGCGAGCAGCAGACGUAGCAAGCUUGCAUACCCCUGUGCUGGCUGGAAGCACACUAACGUGAACACACUGUCACCCUAGGCUUAGCUUGUCCUUUACACAGGAACACAUGGUCCCAAAGGGAUGUGUCUAGGCAUGAGCAGGCUAAGCACACACCUGCUCUGAACAGCCAACAAAGGCACUCUGUUUCUUUGUUUUUUCCAGAGGUGCAUAAUAAUAAUAAUACUAGAUUUUAAUCUAUGUUUAGGAAAAAUAAACACUAUAAAUAGGAAAGACAAAUUAUCCUUCAUAGACACAAGUGCAUUCUGAAGAGGUCUUUCUGUUAAAGGUAGCUGUACAGCGUUGCCCCCCCCCCCCCCCCUUUCCUUUUCACUGCUCUGGGAUGCUGGUUUGAGAAUUAGAUUCAGGUGCUACUUACUAUGAGGGCCAGGCUACCCAGAGACACUCUCGGAAGACUGGUUUAUCUAUCAAAACCUAUUUAAGCUAUAAACUCCUAUAAAAAUUACAUCUAGAUAAAGGCAAAACAAAACAAAGCUCUUUAUCAAUCUAACUCAAAAAUAGCAUCCUUCAUUUGACAAUGAAAACGAAAUAGUUUUAGUGGGCCUUCUUGUUUAGAGGCUCUAACAUCAGAUGGGUGUGGUGGCUCAUGUCAUAACUGUAACACUUAACAGGCUGAGGCAGAGGGACAGUGCUUUUAGUAGCAGCCUGAUUGAGCUACAUAGCAGAACUCUGUCCCAAGAAAGGAUUGGAAAUCAUCUACUAAGUAUGUUUGGUUAUGAAGUCCUUGGGAAUCUGAGAUGCAAUGUGCUUCUAAUCCUCAGUGAGCACUGAAAAGUACCACCAAAAAAUGAAAAGCAGACACUACAACUUCAUUUGGCGAGAAAUAGCCAGUACAAUGUUCUGGGUGUCUGUUUGCUGUGCAGUCUUGGGUAGACUAAUCUCUGAGCCUAUUUACCCUCCAUUAUCAUGACAGGAAUGCUAACCUCCUUCAAAGAAAAAGGAUCAGAAGAAAGUGUGUAACCAUGUAGCAUAGCACCAGGCCAUGGCAGGUGCCACUUAAUACCAACUACAGUUCGUUGCCAGGUAAAAGGGACACUGAGAAAUAGGUAGGUUCAGUUGCCUUCUGGGACACCAAAGUAUCUAUUGCAAGUGAUACUUGCUCAGAAGUAUGAAGUUAAAAGUAGAUAGCUUUCAGGAAAUGUAAAGAGAGCAGUUCUUAGGAUGUAAAACGUGCAAACAGAUUUAAUUCGGUUGCUCUUGGAACCUAGGUGCCGCGGCCAGGUCCACCUGUGCUGGGUGUUUACAGACAGGUACAGUGUGCCUGAGAAGAUGGGUUCCCUCAUACCUGUGCUGCUGUAAUCCUCUGCACAUAGGUAUUCUAGAUCUGUAGCCAGGCCACUCAAACAGGACAACUUGGAGGGGAGCAGAAAGGAUGCCCAGCAACUCCUGAUUUCCCAGCAUGCCAUGAGUACCUGAAGGAGACAGUGGCAGGUACACGGUCUUAAAGCCUCUUGCUCAUCUGCUCAGGAAAAAAAAAAAUAAAUAAAGUCUUUUGUUCAACAAGUAUUCACUGGGACCCUGGUGUCUACCAAGUUCUAGAAAAUAGCAUUUGUAUUCGUGGAGCGUGCAUGCUAGUGAGCAAGAGUGAGCAGUUAGUAAAGCGUACAUCAGAGAACGUUAUGAUUUUAAGUGCAAGCUGGAGAUUGACGCAAGGAAGGAAAGGGAGGCUGGCGGGAGAGGUCUUCAAAGUGUGGUCAGAAAAGGCCUGGCUGAUGGGUGCCAUUUGCACAAAGCCAAGGCAGGUGAAGGGAUCUCUGUGAGUAGCGAGUUCUGCCUUAGACGGAAGAACACUCACCUCACCACCCACUAAUCAGGAGUUAGUUUAGAACAUAGGAAUGGCAUGGAAAUAAUGCUUUUUCCUAAAUCAAUACCUAAUUCAUAUUCUGUAUAAAAAUUUUAGUGCAUUAAAAAUCAGCCUGAUGGUGAUACUAGGGAAAAGUUACUGGAUUCUAUAUCAGAUCUAGGUUUACCAUGACCAGGCAUAUUUCUUCCAGCUCUUAACUGCUGUCUUUUCCCUGGGAGUUCAAGGCCAGCCUGAUCUACAGAGUGAGUUCCAGGACAGCCAGGGCUGUUACACAGAGAAACUCUGUCGUGGGGGUCGGCGCACUCAAACAUACCUGAGAUCUGACUCAAAUAAACAGGAUCCUCUAGAGUUCUUACACCAUCUAUAACAACUACUAGAAAGCUUUAGAUUCAAUUGAUUUUAUAAAGAAAUGUCUAUUAGCCACAUGCAGAAUUUCUAAUGAUGCUUCUAUAGCUCUAACUCACUUUUUAGAUCAGUUUUUGAAAUGACAAGCUGUCAGUGUUAGAUUUUAUUCCAGUGACCUUACAAAGGAUCACAAUUCAGAAGUUAAAGAAAUCCUGAAAAUUGUAAAGGUUCAGAACGAAAAUUAGAACUCUAGAUUGUGGUAACGAUUGUCAGCCAGAUGACUGAAUACAUCACAUUUUCCCUUUCUUUAAAGCUGAGCAUGUAGAAUUUGAGGACACCUAUGAUGAUUCUCAGCUGAGAGGUAAUGUCACCUUGACCAGCCAGUUUCCCGCCUAGCCUGAUGGCAUCCUGCUUGCCAGGAACAGUGCCACCUUGCAAAGAUUUCCGCCCCAAAUCCCCACAGCAUCGUCCGUCCCCACUGUGAAGUGUGUUAAGCCUUACACAUCUGCUAUUCCAGCUCUAGGUCUCCCCCAAAACAAGAUUACCCAAGCCUUUUCAGAACGAUAAUGACACCUCCUACGUUUUAGGAAGUUGUAGCUUUUUCUCAGAACCCUGUUUGUGGAAAUGGUUUCAUCUCCCCCGUCACGGUUGUUGGUAGGAACCCUAUGAAAUAACUGCAUCCACCUGGGGGAGGGGCGCUGCCCCGUUAAGGUGACUCCACCAUAGUACAGCCCUGGUGGAGACCGUCAUUCUGCAGAGUCAUUUAAAGGAAAUUAUUUCUAUUUUUUUUAAAGCAAAAUCACAUUUUUAUUGUUUCACAAAUCGCCAGUGGGAUAAGGUUGAAGGUACACAAACACACACACACACACACAUACACACACACACACACACACACACACACACUGCUUUUGAUGCUCUGAAAAUACUGAGGACAGUUUUUGGUUUGUUUUUGUUUUUUAACCAGUAACUUUAAAAAAAAAAUGCAGUGAAUUUGUUAGACUUUAAACACCAGCUGAGGUAUUCACACUUGAUCCCCAUUUAAACCAAAAGGACUAGAGGAAGGGGUAUUUAGGAGAGACCCAGACCCAUUUCCCUUCAAGUUACUAUGUAUGUAUAUAACUUCAGUUUUCAUUAGAGUGCUAAGAAUUUUAUGAAAGAUGGUUUUAAAACCUAGUGAUACUUUAAAAACGACUUUUGUCACACUAGACGUGGGCAGCCUUGUGAAACGAGUCCACAAACACACAGUAGGCAUAAUUCUUUCUAUAAUCAGGCACCGCUGCUGCUUUUGAGAAAGACCUUUUUCCUGUGUAGACUAUAAGCACUGCCACAGAGGCUCCACCCUGCUGGACAGAGCGUUGCCCGCUCUAGGUACAGCAUUCUGUGAUUUAAAAAAAAAAAAAUCUGUGUCUAUCAGGAAAUCGGGGACAGGCCAUGUUUUCUCAGACCCCAACUUUGUGGGUACUCUGUUGCUUGUGUGAAAAACUUUCUGGCAUGGGGUUAGUGAUUUCAAAGUAGAGUUCAGGCACUGACACAACUGUUUUAUAGCGUGUGCAGAAUACUCUUAAUUCCGACACGACACACCGCUUUUGCACUAUAAAAAAAAAAAAAAAACUGCUAUUAGAAAACAUUGCUGUCCCUGAGUUUGAGCUUUUAAUAGGUGGCAUCAUUGCUGCGUUUCAUAACAAUCUUCUCUCCUUCACUCUAUUGCAAUGUUAUUCUGAACUAGUCUUAUGCCAAAUGCCUUGUAUAAUGUUUGUAUGGAAGAUUAAACUGCACUCCUGUGUGGUAAGACUGUUUAGUUGCCGACUUCGUGGUUGGAAUUUGAUAUUCCAGCACUGAGUCCACGAUGUAUUCAGAAAUCCAAGUUGGUGUCAUACAUUUCAUUCUGAUGUGAACUUCUCUCUGCUUUCCUUUGUUCUAAGACUCCAUUUUGCAAUAAACGUUUUGACAGUAAA